AUGACGUACCGUCUCCGUAUCUCGCUGCUUCUUGCAUGGGCAAUCGCGCAAGCAUGUCUAUCCCCCGCGUCCGCGGCCUGGCAGGGAUUGCCCGCUUUCGGCGCGGUACAACUGUGCGUGCCCUAUAACGUCCAGGUCAGGCCCGGCACCACCUACGCCCUGUCCGUGGAGGGCGAUCAGAGCGUGGCAUCUGCCAUCACAACCGGAGUCACCGGGAACGUGCUGGCGGUGGGAUCCAACGGCUUCACGAGCUCCCAGCCCAUCCAAGUCGUCAUUACGCUCCCGAGAGACAAGCUGGUGGGGGUGUACCAGAACGGACUCCAGGCCGCUGCCUACGUUGCACCAGGAUUUAACGGCGGUGCGCUGUCCGUCGUCUCCGGCUUCGGAGCCGGCGAGAUCUUCGUCUCCGGAGCCUCCUACAACAGCGUGAAUGUCGAGAACAGCGGGACUGGCGUGGUCAGCCUGUCAGGGUCGUUCGAUGCCGUCAACCUGCAGGCAACCGGCAUCACCAACACCUACAUUGGCGGUGUGGGCUCAUCCGUCAACGUGGGCCUGUCGGGGAUCAGCAACGUGUACCUUGCCCCUACGAGCUCAAGCGUCAAGAUCACUGGGAGGGCUUCGGGCAUCUCGUCUGUGCAAUACAGCCAGGGGGCCUGCUCCGUGCAGUCCGAUUUCCCACUGCGCAGCACUUGCGUGCAGAGUUCGGGCCUGAGCAUCCAGGUGCCUUCUGAGCCCCAGUGGACAUCUGGCCUGACUGCCCGUGGCACCUUCAACUGCGUGGGUUCCAGCGGCAGCACCUCCUCCUCCACCGCCAGCUCCCCCGUGCCCACCCCUGUCCCCACCCCCCAGGCCAGCCCCUCCCAGACCAGCGCCUCUGCGGCUGCCACGGCGGUGAGCAGCCCGGCACCAACGCAGAGUCCCUCUCCCAGCCCGGCAUCGCCCAGCCCCAGUCCUGUGUCGCCCUCCCCCAGCCCCAAAUCGCCAAGUGGCGCCUCCUGGGCGCCGGCGCCCGAGCCCGAGGCCGAGGCCGGAUCCUACAACUUUGCCACCCCCACCCCCGGCGGCUUCCAGUCCCAGUCUGGGUCCACGGGGCCACAGGGCAACAACGCCAAUGCGGUGGCCCAGGGCACCAACUCGGCCUCGGCAUCCAGCACGGCAGGCCCCGGCGGGGUCAGCACUCAGACCUCCAACGACGGCACCAGCAACCAGCUGAGCACGGCAGGGUAG